ACUCAGCAGAAAAUAAAAACUCAAGUACAGGCAACCCAGGAACACCCCAGGAGAAUCGAAACCGGCGAUGUCGGCGCUCCGUUGCGCUGCGACGAAGCUCGUUGGCCUGCGGGCGACCGUCUCGCCGGCGUCUCAGGCGCAGCAGCGGCGGCUCUUGCCAAGGCUUCUCCACAGCAGCCCGGCACUCGAGAUCCAAAAGGAACUCCGCACGAAGAAAGAGGAGCUGUACAAUCUGCUCGCCAAGCUCGAACUGAACCCAUACCUAAGAGAUAAUUGUGAGUUUGGCAUGAUAGACCGGUACCAGAAUAAAAGGUUACUCCGGCAACUUUCUGUGCAGAUCGAGCCUAGAUGGAAUGACCUCGACUGGCGCUGGUUUCAACUUGCACAGAAAAUAAGCUUUUACUGGACAUGCGGGGCGUCUUAUGUAACUGUAUGCACGUUUUGGCACUAUGCUUUGGGUGGACAGAAUGACAGCCAAGAUCCAAAGGGAGCUAGCCAAAAGUAAGUCGGCUAAGUGAGAUAACUCAGCAGCCGAUUUGACCACGAUGUGUUAUGUGUAGAGUUCUGUAGUAGUAUAAAUCCAAGAAAUCAUAGAAUGCCAGGUUCAUCGCCGUCUGACGUUCUUCAACCCAAAGGUCAUCAC